AAUACUGAUCUCAACUCGUGACCCGUGGUUGUCAUGAUAAUUUCUAGACCCAACGAUAAAGAUAAAAUAGUAGCAUCGCACCACAACAAGUGUUGAGCAUGAGUCUAUAUAUAUACACAUACGUUAACUCCAAAGUGAAACAAAGAGAUUAGAAACUACGGAGAGAAAGAGAGAAGAUAUAUAGCCAUGGCAAUGAAGUCAGUUUCUACCUUGGCCGUUUUUGCCAUCCUCUUUUUGGUUAUCGUUGAAAUGCCAGAGAUAAAAGCGCAAGGUAGCAAGUGUCUGAAAGAAUAUGGCGGUAAUGUGGGUUUCAGCUAUUGUGCGCCUAGGAUAUUUCCGUCAUUCUGUUAUCGGAACUGCCGUAAGAAUAAGGGCGCGAAGGGAGGUAGAUGCCGUUCGGGAGGGGCAGGAGCUGGUAGUAUGAUAUGUUUAUGCGACUACUGCAGCGACAAACCUUAAAUCAGAUCGUUAAACGUUUUAACCUCAAACGCAUGAGUAGUUGCUAUCUUGUACUAUGUGUCAUGGUUUGUAACUUUGUGUAGUAAUAAAGGUGAAUGGUCCACCAAGUAAUAAUGAAUAAGUGAAAUAUUAAAUAAAGAAACGUACGACUUUGUGUGUGUAAUUUAAAUUUGGCAUACUUCAAUUAGAUGAGGGUAAGGGUGUGCGACUUAUAGGCUUCGAUCGGUAGUUCUGAUUUAGUCACGAGUGGAAAAUUUGGUCCAUUUCAGUUUCCUUUAUCUCCAACUCUAGCAUGUAUUGGGAUUUAAAAACAAAGACGCUGGAUUGUUGGACUAUGCUUUUAUGCAAUUUUAAAAAGAAAAAACUAUAUACGUAUUUC